AGCAAAUGGGGCUGCUGUAACAUGAGGAGGGCCGACACUCACAGACACGCCCUACAAGAAGGAGCGUAAAUGAUAGUGGACUGGCCUCUUUUUCUGCCAGCGCGCUGAGGCAAAAACUACAUCCAUCUCAUGACGACGAUGAAAACAUGGCAGCUAGAAGAACUACGUCCUUCCGUCGUGUUGGGAGUCUGAUGCGGAGUAAAUCUGAGGGGACACUGAUUGAUCUGGACGACAGUAUUUCAGCCAGUGACAAUCUGAAUGGUUUGUUCGGGGCGCGGACAGCACAGAACCCAGACGGACUGCUUUUACAGCCAGAGGUCGCACUUGCAGUUCAGUCAAAAAACCCGUUUUGGAACAAACUGUCUGGAUCAAAUCCUUUCUUAGAUGACAUUGUACACAGCAGCACAGACAAACACCUUUCCAACACAGCAAACUCAAAACAAGAUGAUGAAAAGCAUUUGGACACAAACGACGAUGACGCCAGUACUUCGUCUUCCGAUGAGGGCAAUGUGGGGAACUUUUUGGAAAACAAGCACAAAGUUAGCAACAGAUCGGGGAGAUGGAGAAGUGCUUCAGACAUUCUGGGUGAUCUGGAGAGAAAAGUUCCAAGACGGGAGGACAGCUUCAGGCCACCUGGGCCGGUGCUGAACCCAGAUUUUGAGUGGCUAAAGAAUGACAGAGAGGCCUAUAAGAUGGCCUGGCUGAGCCACAGGCAGCUAACCCGCUCAUGCCUGGACCUAAACCUGAUGAGCCAGAGUCCAGGGUGGGCUCAGACCCAGGCCACAGACUUUCAGGUCAUCUGCAAGAUCGGCCAUGCUGGAGGCUCAGUACAGUUACCAGAAUCAGAAAUAUGCAUCCAUAUCCCAGAGGGUCAUGUUCCUCCAGGAGAGGUCCAGGAAGUUACACUCAAGGCGAUGCUGGACCCUCCUCCCGGGCUCAAUAACAACUAUGUAACAACCAUGAGUCCACUUGUGGAGGUGGUCCUUGGCAACAUCAGCACAAAGGAGGGUAUCUCUCUGGACAUUAAGCUGUCUGGAAAGGUGAAGAGCGACCCGAUAAGUCAAGUUAUGACUACCAUGGUGGGGCUGGUGUCCAACAAAAGAGAGGGACCUUAUCUAAGAGUGAACGACUGCUACAUUCACAAGAACAUGAUGCAGAUGAAGCUCCAGGAUCUGAAGACACAUUUUUAUGUGGUUGCAGUCGCGGAGGCGUCUGCAAUCCAGCCCCCCGCUACGUCGGUGUGGGAUUACCUUGAACGUCAAAUCACAGUGGCAGUUUAUGGCCCCAGGUACAUCCAUCCAUCAUUCAAGGUUGUAAUAGUGGUUUGCAGUCACGAGCACGUUCCACCGAAGCUUCCAUUUUCAGUUGUCUGCAGAGGAAACAAAAACCAGCCUCUACUUUUGCUGCAGCUUUGGGGAAAACACAGUUUUAAGCCAGAGAAAGUGAACAACUUUCAUGUCGCUCUUAGUCUCACAGACUCUGUGUUUGAAAUCAAACCUGAGGACAAACUGAAAGAAGUGAGACAAUGUCAGCUCAAAAUAGGGACAGUGUUGCAUCUGCCAGUUGCGUUAUCUUGUGCUAGUAAUGCGGAAAUGACUCCUUUUAAAUUGGACCUACAAGUGAACGAAUCGAACGCUGCAACUGUUGCACAUUUCCACGUGCCUUCCCCUCCCGCAGCACCCAUCAGAUCUGAAAAGCGAGUGUCAAGGCAGGUAGAAAAGCGCAUUGAAAUGGCAAGAGCCCCACCUAUUCCUGAGGAAAGUGUCCCAGAUUCCCCCAAAUUCACAGACAGACCUGUGAACCUCCAGUGGUACGGUGUAGCCCUGAAGUCAGUGCUCCGUCAGCCACGAGUAGACUACCUUCUGGAGUAUUUCAAGGGCGACACUGUGGCUCUGCUCUCCAGAGACACUGUGAAGUCAGUGGGUAACUCAAAAGUGAAGGAGUGGUACAUCGGAUUCCUCCGAGGCAGGACCGGUUUGGUUCACUGCAAAAACAUCAAGCUGAUAACCAGAGACCAGGUGAUCGACUUCACCGGCAUUCAGCUCACCACAGAGGUCCUCCUGGACAACAUGACGCUGCCCUUCAAGAAGCUUACUUACAUGUACGCCAACAUCCAGACACUCGUCACUGAGCACAUAACCAGCUGGGGAGCUUUCGCCAAUGCCUUAGAGUACAAGAACUUGUCGCUUGACACCAUCACGCGGAGGUACGCCGAAACCGAGGCUGAUAAAGUGGCCAGUGUGCUGGAAAAGCUGAAGGAAGACUGCCACGCCGAGAAGACCAGGAAAAAGUUUCUGCAUGAGCUCAUGGUGGGUCUGUUGAAGAUGGAUUCUGUGAAUGUUGUGGCGCAGCUGAUACAGAACACAGUCAUUCUGUCCACUGCUGUCGAGCUGGGAAUGCGAUGGAGAGAGCUCGCGGACAAGAUGGGAAAACUCUCCAGUGCCCAGAUAGCAGGAUAUGAGGCUCCGCACCGAGGGAAGAAUGGGGAAGUCGGUCUCCAGUCAAUGUGGAAGCCCGCCUAUGAUUUCCUGUACUCCUGGAGUCUGCGUUACGGAGACAGCUACAGGGACAUGAUCCAGGAUCUGCACCUUUUCCUGGACAAAAUGAAAAACCCUGCCACCAAGCAGUGGAGGCAGCUGACUGGCGCCCUCAUCACAGUGAACUGUCUCGAUCUCUUUCGAGCCUCUGCGUACCCAAACUCCUAAACUUGAUGCAAGUGCGCCCUACAGAUGAUCUCCACGCACUUGAGAAAACCAGAGAGGUUUUUUUUACACAGCAUCAAUGUGUGAAUGCGGUUUUCGAUGUUACUUGGCUCUCUAGAAGCAAUUUUAUUGGAACUCGAUCAGGGUACUUGCACUAUAUGUUUAGAUUUCACUUGAUGAGUGUAGAAUAUAUGAAGAAAUGUCACUUCAGCUUUCAAACAGAAGAAAAUGAAGUGUAGUUGGUCACUUUUCUCUUUAUGUCUGCAAAUGUGAUGAAGCCUUAAAGUGAAAUUUCAUUUUGGUAGAUCAUUUUCAGUUGAAUGUUUGUUAGAUCAUCUGUUCAGCUGCCCAUGGGACAUUAUUGACACUACAUUGAGUAUCAGUAAUCUCAAAAGCUGAAUCAACAUUUGCUUUUGAUCUUUUAUUCCUUUGCCUUUUUUUUGUCCGACUGAUCAGCGACUGAAAAGAUGAUCAACAGUAAAAAUAUGAAGGGACAGCAGGAUGUAUUUCAUGGUAAAACAAGGUAGGCCGUUUGCUAACAUUACCAUUCAGCCACUUCCCAGCUACCUUUACCAUUUGAUCACAUCCAGAGCGUUUCACUUCCAGGCUUAAAUAGAUAAAUUAAUUUACACCUUUCCUGUGGUGUUGUGUAGCACUAUCCCACAGUGAUGUUAGCUAGGAAGUAGUUGAAUGCUAACAUUAGCCUCGCUGUUUUCAAACAAAAGCUUAUGGCUUAGCAAAUGUGCUGUUUUCCCUCAAAAUAUGCCCUGAUGUUCUGCUGGAUUUUCAAUAUCCAUUUAAAGAUGCAGAUUGAUAAGGAAGCUGUGAACAAUAAUGUGUCAGCAGGACGAUAUAUUAGCUUCCCACCCUGAGCUUGAUGUCAGAGGAAAAUGGCCGCAAUGUGAAUACUGUCUGUUAAGAUACUCAAAGCAAUGUUGUGAAACUUUUUUAACCUUACAAUAACAGAUUGAAACUCACUUUAAUGGUACUUUACAUGCAUGUUUACUUUAACAUACGUUUUGUUUGUAGUCAUCACCUACAUUACAGCUGACAAAUUGUUACGGACAUGGGAUUUUUAUUUACGACAGUGGUGUUGCAAUCAGAAACAAUGUUGCUUUAAUGCAUUUACUGUUUCUGUAAACCUGCAUUACCUAAAGAGGAAGUUUCUGAAUAAUUAUUUAUGCAUCUAGUUUCUUGUACUACAUUACUUAAAUCUCUGAGUGUAAUCAGUUUAUUUUUUAUAUGGGUCCCUUUUAUUGAUCCUGUGAAAGUUUAUAUCAGAGGGAUUUUUUUUAGAUUUUUUUGUUAGUUUUAGUGGAAUGGACGAUGAGAAAACCAAUAAAUGUGAACACUUACUAACAAUACGGAUGGUAAGUUAAUCCGUAUUGAAGUUCUUGUGCUGAAAAUUGAGAAUGUUCUACCAAAGUGAAAGUUUCCUGAUGCCAGCAAACAAACCUUAAAGAUGCUACUAUACAAGUGUCAUAAACUAUUGUUGUCUUAAAUAUUAGUAUAUGUGCUAUUUUUAUACUGUAAUGAUAUGUAGAAAGCAGAUAAUUUCAUAUAUGGUGUUCAAUGUAACAGUUACAUAUAAUGUGCGUGUGUUGAUGUUUUGUAUGAUUAUGUGUUUAUUGCCAAAUGGAAACCUCAUUGCGUUCAGAGUGGUGCCACAAGUAUGUUCAGAGUGGUGCCACAAGUACGAAGUGCCUUAAGUCACUGAAAUGUUACGACAAUGACUCAUAUCUUUGGUACAGAAAUGGAGAUUUGUUGUUUGAGAUAUUAAUAAAUAUUAACUGCAGGAAACUAUAUGAGAUAAUAGAUGACAAAAAAAUACUACGCCUGUUAUUCAAACCAUAUUUUAAUACCUAACAACUGACAUUUGUAAUUUUCCCAGUUAAUCACACCAAAGGAAACAUGACUUUUCCCUGAAGUGUUUUC